AUGGCGGCGGGGAGGAGGCGCGAGCUGAUUGGUGGAGGAGCCGCGCGGGGCGCGAUGGGAGAAAGGGCGCUGAGCGGUGAUUGGAGGCGCGGGGUGAGGAGGGGGCGCCGGAGCCUCUGGUGGGACAAGCGGCGCCCCCUGGAGCGGCUGGCGCUGCCUCACGUGCUGGGCUUCCUGCUCAAUGUCCCCUCGCGGGUGACGCUGGGCGCGCUGGCACUGCCCCUGUGCCGCCCGCACUGGCUCUGCGUGCGCCCCUUCGGGGACACCUUCUACAACCUGGACUCCAAACUGCCCGGGCCCGCCCCCAUCGGGGCCGAGCCCCAGCUCAGGCAGUUCCUGCGGGCGGGGCUGGCCCUACCUGAGUGA